UGUCCACUAGACAACAUCACAGUGUCAUCCUAGUUUACUGUCUGUGCGUGCUACAGUCGUAGUUCUGUUGUUAGUGCAAAGGACAUCAGUGUACACCAUGGCUACCGGCUGUCCUCGGUCGCCUACUCUACCCACACAUCCUGGAUUUAAGGAGACAGAAAAUGCAAGUCCUCUGUUGACGCCGCCCCACACUCCUACAGCCACAUCCCCUCUCAAUCUGCAACAGGGGCGCUCCUUCUCCUUCAGCGACCCGGAGGACGAGGAGGUCAUCGUGGACGACGACGAGAGGUCGGACUGUAGCAGCGACCUGGAGAGCCUCAAACCCAAGCCCUCCGUGGCGCCUACCAGCGGCUGGUGUUGCAGUCAGGACUCCGCAUUCACCCCUCUGCGCCAAGGACCCCCCGAGCCACAAGUGCCUCUGUUCAUGCACAUGGGGUAUCCCCAGUGGCUGGUGAACCAAUGGCUCCGCACCGCCCUCUACCCGGAUCCACGCCGCUGCUAUCCGUACCCUAAUCUGCCCCCUCGGCGACCUCCACCGCGCGCUCCCCUCGUCCAGCCCAGGAUUGCUUCCUCAAGGCCCAAGAAGCAGUUCAUCUGCAAGUUCUGCAACCGGCAAUUCACCAAGUCCUACAACCUGCUGAUCCAUGAGCGCACUCACACGGACGAGCGGCCAUACUCUUGUGACAUCUGCGGCAAGGCUUUCCGCCGACAGGAUCACCUUAGAGACCACAGGUACAUCCACAGUAAGGAGAAACCCUUCAAGUGCACGGAGUGCGGCAAGGGAUUCUGCCAGUCCAGGACUCUGGCCGUCCACAAGAUCCUGCACCUCGAGGAGUCGCCCCACAAGUGUCCUGUGUGCCGAAGAUGUUUCAACCAGCGGUCCAACCUCAAGACCCACCUGCUGACACACACAGUGCCCGCCAACCCCGUCCUGGACCUCUCCACCCCCGCGCCGCCACCCAGGCUUGGAUUCACCAUAGACGAGAUCAUGUCCCGCAGAUAGACCAAUCUAGAGCACUAAAGCCCAUCUAGUCCUUAUGCCACCAAAGCCGUCUGUAUUUAUCUAGACUUCCUUCGCAAUCGCAAGUACAAAGUAGCUGCUCUAUAAAGUGCUGACGAAGAUAUUUAUUAGUGAAUUCAUAUUCGUUAUUGAAUAAUUAUCACUUUUUUGAACACUGUAACUGUUUUAUGGAUUUAAAAUCUAAUGUGUAAAACUAUUGACGUUAUAAAUAGUUUAAAAUAAAUUAUUAACUUUUCAAUAAAUUUAGAAACUUUAUGGGUGUAAUUGUUUUAAAUUUCUCCGAAUCAUGUAUUAACUUGUUUAUUGUAUUUUUUUUUAAUGUAAGAAAGGCAAUGAAAUGUCUAAUAAUUUUGGGACUAAUUGAUUUCUACAAUGUUCUUGGAAUAAAAGCUUUAUUUCUUCAAUUAAAAAUGUAUAAGAUAUAGUUUAGUUUUUUUCACUACAUUGUUAUAAUUACUAUUUUUAGUUUAUUAGUUACUAUUUUAAAUUAUUGUAGGGUUUUGCUUUAAUUAACAGUGUUUAAUUUACUGUUCUUUAAAUUCAAGAAUAGCCUGUACUUCCAUUUAAUCACCAAUUCAAACUUUUGUAGUAGUUAUUUAUUUUUAUAUACCUAAUUUAAAACAUCAGGCAUUUUGUAAAACUGUAGGCUAGUAGUAAUCAAUACCAAAUCUCAAAUCAAUAACAGUAAUAAUUUGUAUCACUGAUUAUUAGUUUUAUAUUGAGUGAUGUAAUGAAAACAGUUUUGUUGCCUCAACUUCGAAACACUUAGUCUUGUAUAAAUGUUGAGUUUUAUUACUUAUUCUCCACAAUGUUAUGUGUAAAGAUGGCUUCCACCACUGAUACACUGUAAUCCCGGGAUUAUGGCGGUAACUAGGAUUACCAUAUCUCACUAUCUCAAAUAGUUGAAUAACUUGUCUUUUCUCAAAUAAGAUUUCAAUAACGGUCAAGUUUUCAUUAUUAAAGUUUAAUCUUUCUACGAUGGAUUGUAAUUGGUUGAUAUUAUUUUUAAUGUUUAAUCAACUUAGAGCCCUCAAACAAACAUCCUAUCAGCGGUUCGUUUUAAAUCUUCGGAUUUUGUAAUAUUUUUAAAAGACUUUGAAAAUGUAGACGAUAUCGGCUGGCAGUAAUUUAUUCAUCACUAUUGUGACUAAUUGUGUUAACAUUUCAGAGACUUAUUCAGGCGGUUGACAGUUGUGUUGAUUUUGUCUUUUGUUGUUUUAUGUUCCUCAUUGGCUAGGCUGAUCUCUAUUUACCAAAAAGUUUUUGGCUUUGUACAUAGCGUCUUAGGUGUUAAUAUAUGUGUGAAUAUGAUACUGUAGUGCGUGUAUCUUAAAUCUAUUGGUGUUAAUGUGUAUAAUAGUGUUAAUAAAUAAAAUAUUUAUGUGAUUGUAUAAAUAGAAUUUAAUAAAUUAUUGUAAAUAAAAUUAUGUUAUUUAU